UUGAUCUUGUUAUUACGCAUUUUAGCAUAUUUGUGUUGCUCGAAGGCAAUAGCAUCCAUGAAAUUGUAUCGGUAACUCGAAAACAUUUUAAUAAUUUUGUUCAAUGGCGACUUCUUUAACACGGACACUAUAAAAUGGCCAAAUCUCAAUCAAAAUCACCCACCAUUGCUCUAUUUACGUCAAGAAUCCACCGACUGCUCCUCUUCAGAAACCUCAACAGGACACCUUUUAUGCGCAAAUCUUCUGCCUUCUAAUUCCCUCAAUUGUUUUCUUUUUUCUUUGUUUAAUCAUUCCCAGAUCUGAUUCUAUUAUUCUAUGUUCUGUGCUUGAUUGCCCUUUAAAGCAAUCUGCGUUUUUGGGUUUUCAGUUGUAAUAGCUUGCUCUUGUUAAUUCAUAUCUGAUGAGGUGAACCUUUGCAUAUUUCUAUUAUAUUUUCUUUGUUCUCGUUGAUAAGAUGGAGGUUUCUGGUGGUACUUCUCCUAGAAUGAGUUUGGAUCAGUUACAAAAGGAGGGAUCUGAGGAUACCCAGUUGCAGAAAUUUGAGUUGGAAUUAGCUGGACAUGAUCAUGGGUAUAAUCAUCAAUUCCAUUCAAUGAAUGCAUUAGAGAUCUUGAGGGAAACCGUGAGGAUCCUCCGGUACAAUUCCUCUUCGUUUAUGAUAAUUGCUGCCUUGCUUAUUUGUCCAGUAUCUGCCAUUGUUUUAUCAAAUGUAUUUGUUGAUCAGUCUAUAGUUAAGAGACUAACUAUUAGGCUUUUGUUAGUUGCAAAAUCUGGAGGACUCCCAUUGAGGCCUUUUGUCAAACACUCGUGUCACCAUUUCUCCGAGAUGGCUGUUUCUUCCACAGUAUGCUUCCCUUUGUUUAUCACAUUGUCUUUGUUAUCCAAAGUUGCGGUAGUUUACUCUGUAGAUUGCACUUAUUCGAGGAAAAGGGUUGAUGCUUUAAAGUUCUGUGUGGUGAUUAGUAAAAUUUGGAGAAGGAUUGUUUCAACGUACUUGUGGGCAUGUAUGAUGAUUGUUGGUUGCGUUACACUGUUCUGUGUUCUUCUCUUAGCUAUUUGUAGUUCAUUUUCAGUAAUUGGUUUUUCACCCGAAUUAAAUUUGUAUGCUGCAAUAAUGGUGGGGCUAGUGUUCUCAGUUGUUUUUGCCAAUGCAAUCAUCAUUUACAACAUUGCCAUUGUGAUCUCUGUGUUGGAGGAUGUUUCAGGGCCACAGGCUUUGCUUCGGUCCAGUAUUUUGAUUAGGGGUCAGACACAGGUUGGUCUUCUCAUAUAUCUAGGAUCAACAAUUGGGAUGGCUUUUGUGGAAGGGUUGUUUGAACAUAGAGUGAAGACGCUGAGUUAUGGAGACGGAACUUCAAGAAUUUGGGAAGGUCCUCUUUUAGUGAUUAUGUUUUCAUUUGUGGUGCUUAUUGAUAUGAUGAUGAGUGCAGUUUUCUACUUCAGCUGUAGAUCUUACAGAUUGGAAGCCUCCGAUGCUGAAUCUCAGUCAAUUUUAGAAACAAUCACUAUUUCUUCUGAAUCAGUGGCUGAUCAAUGACAUGAUCUUGUAAAUUGAUUAUCAUGCAAAAAACUUUCUUCAGUCAAUCAGGAUGGAAGCUGCUAUGAGAAAUUUUGUAUUUUGCUAGUUGCAUUCUCUUGCCACUGAUGAGCAACAUAUAUGGAACUUCAGUAACCAUUUGCAUUUGAGAGCUUAUGGUUGUCAAUAACAUCAGGUGACUGUCUGGUCUGCUGUAGGAAAAGUCACUAAAAUGCUGGUGGUCACAUUUUAGACAUCUAGUGAUCUGCAGACAAGAAAAGAAAUGGAAAGGGUAUAUGAAGUUUGAUAAUUACAAAUAGAUGUAAAAAGUGGUACUUCUUGAAGGUAAACUUUUGAAAACUGCUAUUUUUCCUUCUCUUUAUAUUUCUUGGGUGGACAUUUACUUUCUGGGCUUUUAUAUUUUUGUCCUUUGCAUAAUGUCCACUAUUUGCUGGACUUUUAUGUGUUUGGUGACUACACAAUAAUUUCAUCAAAAAGUUGAUGUUGGAUUGUAAUUAGUGUCUGGUAUGAUUAACUGAAUUCAAGAGUUAUUGAAAAUAAUCUGAUGAAACCUCCUGCAUUAA